CGGUGUCCCUCUGAUUGAUCGUCAUAACCCCCAAAAACAAAGUCAAGUUCACGUCUUCGAUAUCUCUUGGACAAACAAACGAAAAAUCUAUUCAUCCAACGGUUAUGGAUUGCUUCCACAUCGUCCUCCAAAAUGGCCUAUCCAGUAUUCGGUACAAUCGUAGCCUCCAUGCUAAAAUCUCAUCCCACGCUGCACGGAUAGGCACUUUCCUGGCCGACGAGUCGGCCCGAACUGAUUUCCUCACCGAUUUCAACGAUUAUACAAGCCACCUGUUGGACUUCCUCGCGUUCAACGAGAAAAUGCACGCCGAACUCGGCCGUCGUACGGGCUCGCAGAGCAUAUCACGUGAGGUGCUCGAGUUGGUCUGUUCUAUGCUUUCGUACCCCGAGUUUGAUCUUGCAGACGCGGAUACGAUGGACAAGUUGGUCGUUGAGGCCCUCAAACAUGCCUUACCGUUGCAGCCCGCUGCACUUAAGGAGCUCGCCACCAAGUUGGCCGAGAAACCGGGGCUUCUGGAACGCGUUGCGUCGGCGCAAGAAGGAGCGGAAGCUAUCCGCAGCCUCUUCUCGGUGCAUUUUGUCAACUCCAUGCCGUCGAUAUCCAAUGCUUGGGCGCAGAAGUUGGUUGGCCUGUGUUCCGUCUGCACCGGAAGCCCCAUCUGCCACGGAAUCGCGACUGAGGUCGAGAAGUGGCGUGCGUUGACGGAAAUCAUCGCGGCGCUAGAAACUCAUCAACGUGAGAUACAGGAAGCCCCGCAGCCGCAUUACGCUCGAGCUCCUACCGCCGCGGUGGUGAUCCGGAGGCUUGAUGCAGAUGAAAAGAGGUCGUUUUCUGCGGCCAGGAGAAGAUCUUCGGUCCUCGAGCCCGAAAUCCCGCCGCUCCCGGAACGCGUGGCGAUGAUGCUGGAUGGACUGCACCUGCAACAGCCAAGGUCCUCGCGCGCCAUAGCGGUGCUCUUGGAGCAGGUGCGCGGCGUCGAGAUGCCCGCCAUCGUUCAGGCGCUUCUACCGACGUUUCCAUGCCGUCCGUGUUAUGAUCUCUCCAAGGAUCCGAAAGCAUUGGUGGAGAAGGAUAAGCGGAUCAUGAGAGCCCGUGCUGACAGUGGAUUCUGCUUCGAAAACCCUACAAAAGAGGAGACAUUGUUUGGGGAAAUGAUUGGGCUAUGGAAGGUGCUGCUGUCUGCGGCAGCACUUAAAGAUAUUCAGAAGCAGAUGCUCGGUGGUCACAAGGAGGUACUUGAAGCCCGACUGCGCAUAUUGGCUUCCGGAGAGUGGAAGACUGGAAAGCUUUCGAAUCUCCCAGGGACCCCCGCUCAGCGGAAAUACCUUGAUCCACCACUUCUGGAGGCCGAGGUUGGAAGGCAGCUUCGAAUACUUUGGCAGGUGGGUUCCGGGCCAACCGAGGACGGCGGAUACAAGCAGCAUAUCAAGAUUUGGAGGGUCGUUAAACCUGUGGAUGUUUCCAAAGCCAUCGACCAUGUGGUCAUGGUGUGGAGAACGAGGAUUCUACAGCCCGAAGAUGACCCGAUCUUGUCGAAGUUUCCUACGUUGGACGAAGCAUCCGGCAUUUACAUACCCAUAGAAUUGCCUAUUCUAUACAACUCGCAGAGAAGGCCUUCAAUCGAUACCUACCCAUCGAUCUCGAUUGAUGACCGGAGAGGACUCGAAGACUACAACAAAUUCUUCGAGUUCACAAAGCCGGUCAUGGACAGUUUUCUGACAAACAGUGCGGACGCCGAAUUUCCGUUUGAUACAUCUCCGGAGGAAAUCGAGGUCAUCAAGCACAGAGAUUCCGGGACGCUCAUCAUGGGCCGAAGCGGAACAGGAAAAACGACCUGCCUAGUUCAGAAGCUGGUACGGAAUUACACGGCUCGGAAGCUCAUUAUCGGGCAAGCCCCACCUCGGCAGAUUCUCCUCACCCGCUCAAAGCUUCUCGUCGAGAAGCUUAAGAUAUACACGAAGCGGCUGGUCGAAUCACAGCUCUCCAAGGCGAUCACAACGCAGGCCCAAUCCGACGAUUUUACCUUGGACGAGGAGAGUGUGAUGUUUUCCAAGACGAUUGGUAGUCUUGGGGAUGAUGAUUUCCCUUUGGUGUGCACAUUCGAUCAGCUAUUGAGAUUGCUUGAGAAUACAGUAGAAUUCUCCAAUCGUCAGAAGUUUCGCGAAGACAAAGCUAAACCGGAGAUUUCCGAUGUGGCCGGACACUAUGUGCGGAGAUCGCAAGUCGUUGACUUUAAACUUUUCAAGUCCGAGUACUGGGGACAGUUCCCGUCCAGCUUUUCUCGGCACUAUGAGCCUGGGCUGGUUUUCGCCGAGAUCUUGGGAGUGAUCAAAGGAUCGAUAUCCAAUGACGGCGAGCUCGGAUGUCUUUCACGUCACGAAUACCUUGCCCUCAGCCGCAAGAAGGCACCUACAUUCUCGCCCGAGGAACGAGAAGAUGUCUAUGACAUCUACCUGCGAUACGAAAGCAAGAAAGCCCGACACGGGGAUCGGGACGGGAUAGACCGGGUGGCCUCGCUGCUCAAGUUCCUACAGACGGCGGAACCGGAUUUCAAGCGGACGAUGGAAACCUUCUUCGAGGAGAUCUAUGUUGACGAGGUGCAGGAUCAGCGAUGCAUAGACAUCACCUUACUCCUCAAGCUCGCUAAGAACCCGACUGGAGUCCACUUCGCGGGUGACUCGGCGCAAUGCAUCUCGAGGGACUCGACGUUCCGCUUCAGCGAUGUCAAGGCUAUGUUUUACAAUCAGUUCAAGCCGCUGGCUGAGGCGACAAACAAUGACAGUCUCGUCCAUCCAAAGUUGUUCCGGCUCAAUAAGAACUUCAGAUCUCACCAGGGAAUCAUUUCCCUCGCUUCGUUCGUUAUGGAGCUGUUGUACAAAGGUUUCCCCCAAACGGUCGACAGAAUGGAAGAAGAAAGGGGCCAAUACGAUGGUUCCAUACCCACCAUGUUCGUUGGCUUGGGUUCGGAAGUGCUUGCGCAGCGACUUGUCGGCCUGGCCGGUGUGUUUGAGAAAGUGUCGGAUUUCGGAGCAGAACAGGUUAUCCUCGUUCGAGACGACAGCAUAAAGAAAGUAGUCGAGCGCACGCUCGGCGAAGACACAGCGCUGGUGCUCAGCAUUCUUGACAGCAAGGGUAUGGAGUUUGACGACGUGUUCCUGCUCGACUUUUUCUCUUCCAGCCCUACUCAGGCCGGAUUGAGAACCUUGAAGGAUAUUCUGGUUCCCGGCAGUAACCGGGCGGAGAACGAGAGGAACGCACUGCUUUGCUCCGAGCUCAAGCAUCUUUACGUUGCAAUCACAAGACCUCGGAUUCAGCUAUGGAUCCUCGAAAGCUCCCCCGAAGCCGCGGAGCCUAUCGUCAAGUUAUUAGCGAGGGACGGCGCGAAGCCACUCGUGGAUGUUGUGCGGAGAAAUGAUCCAGACGUGAAGGAAAAGCUGAAGAUGAUGAAGCCUGCGGUUUCGAGUGAUCCCAAAAAGUUUUCCGAGAAAGGUUACCAGUUUCUGCAAAGAGGAUUAUACAAAGAGGCAAGCUUUUGCUUCCGCAGGGCAAAGGACGAGCGGGGACAAACCAUCUCCAGAGCACAUCUGAAGAUGGAGGAGGGACGAAUUCAUCGAGGAGAGGGCGCUACCAACAAGUUCCUUGAGCUCUUUAGGGAGGCUGUAAAGCUUUUCCGAGAGGCUUCACAGUUAGGAAAUGCCGCUUUUUGUCUUGAAGAUAUGAGCUACAUCGAGGAAGCAGGAGACGUUUGGGUUGAAAUUGGACGCCACGACAAGGCGGCUUCACUGUACAAGAAAUGCCGAGCAUGGCGUAAAGCGUUUCAGUGCUACGAUACGCUCGGAUCCUAUGCCGAAGCGGCGGCAGCGCUCCGUCAGGGAGAGCUAUUCAACACACUCAUUCGGUAUCUCCGAGCCAAUCGAGAACACCUGGAGCCAUCGCAGGUGGCUGCGUACAGCAAGCUUUGCACUAUUCUCUUGGCCCAAGGUCGGAUAAAAGAGGACCACCAGGAAUUCGUUAUCGACUCCCUCGGGUCCGAUCGAGAAAAGGAGGAAUUCUUACGCAAGUUUCGCCUCGGGAAACAACUGGUCAAAGUCCUAGUCAAGACCCAGAAUUACGGAGAGGCAUUCCGCGAGCACAUAUCAGACGGCAGAAUUGCAGAUGCGUUGGAACUGGGGUUGAAGCAUUUCCACAACUAUUCAAGUAUUGAAUUGAAGGAUCUUAUGCAGCCUUUACGCUUCACAGAAUUCGAACGGUUUCUUAAUUUAUUGCACCGAGAACCCGGCGAGGAGGCACAAUCUCGGCCGUACGAUAUGUUGCCGGAACUUCCCUGGUCUAUUACUAAUGCACUAUCGGAAUGGGCUUCCUUACGUGAGAAACUUCGUAUUAGCACCUUGUGGGGCGUCUUCUCCAGCCUGGACGACGGCCUUCAAAAGGAUAUACUUGCCAUCUUAAUGGUUGUUAACUGGCGCGAGUUGGACUUGUUGCGAGGCUGUGAAGAUCUCGCUCUUACUGACCUGCGCGGGGUUGUCCAAGCCUUAAUUACGACGGUCAAUAUCUGGGGAUCAAAUCGAGGCGAGAAUCACGAACUUCCGCUGUCCACCGCGAUUGUCAUGGGUGCUUUCCCCAUUCCGGAUAAGCAGGAGACAUGGCUCUUGCAGUAUUCCCCCCUUCAAAAAGGCACGCCGGGUCCGUCACUCCACAAGUCGGAGGAUCUUUCAAACAGAAUCCAGAAUGAAAUUCUGCUGCGGAUGUUGGAACUCUUCCGACGUCUGGAACAAGUUGCGAGGAAUAUAUGGGAGCCGUUCUCCAAGGAUCUCUGCACCAAGCACAUAUCGAGAGGAAAUUGCGAAAGCGGGGCCCUUUGCUAUAAAAGACAUGUUCCGCCGAGCAGUGUGGAAUGCAAGUCCAGAAUCGAGGGUCUGCAAAUGAUGUCUUCCUUGGUUUGCAGCUUCCGUAUGGUAUAUUUCCGGACCAAAAAAUACAGGAUGACUGGCAACGAAGAAGUCCUAACACUUUUCAGCAAGAACCAUCUUCCAACCAAGCGCUAUUGGCUGGAGUCUCUAUUGCAGGAGACAAUAUUUAGAUCAGCCAUUCAACACGAUUGCGACGCGACAAAAAACGCAAUGUCCAACAUCGCAUCAGGGGGAAGAGAAUAUACGGCAAUAUUUGUUGGCGUCGAGGAAUUGCUGUUUCAUCGUUUGCGGAAGGAUAGGGAGUGGUACCUGAGGAAUGACCUAUCCUCAAUUUUGGAGCAACGACAACUCUGCGAAAGUCUCGGUAUGUGGUCCCUUCUCGACGAUGCCCCGCUCGCAGAGAAUGUAUCAUAAGAACAUAUGUUACGCAACGAUGAGAUUAGGCAACAUGUCACAUGUGCAGUCUAUUGAAAAUAUGUUACUUUAAUGGACGGGGUUGAGCUAACCGAGAUAAUUGAUAUUAGGCGAGAGAGUCGCAAAGCGAUUUGAGACAUACACAAAGCUGAUACGCUAUAGGUCGGAUGUGCGUGUCAAA